CGCAGGGUCGAGGCAGUGGUCCGCGUGACAUCCAAGUGAUCAGUCAGCCUCCCGCACCUCCUCCUCUUCUACGCCUCCUUCUCUGACCCUCCCUCUGCAGCAGUCCUCGCCGCCACCGCCGCCAUGGUCGCGCUUCAAGUGGUGAUCUGUGUGUCUGUCCUCCUUGUGCAAGGUGCCUCUGGUUCAGGAGGCUCCGAGUGGACCUAUACGGGACAGCAUGGACCUCUUCACUGGGGCUCCAUGUUCCAGUCCUGCGCAGGCAGCCGUCAGUCCCCCAUCAACAUUGAGACCCUGAACGUGAAGCAGGAAUACUGGAAGCCCCUGCGUCUCAAGAACUACGAGAAGGCGCCCUCCAAGAUGCGUGUCAAGAACAAUGGCCAUUCAGCCCAGGUGGAGAUCGACGCCCCCGUGGCCCCAAGAGUGACUGGUGGAGGACUCAAGGGUGAAUACAUCUUUGCCCAGUUCCACUUCCACUGGGGGGCAGACUCUACUCGCGGCUCUGAGCACACCAUCGACGGCGUCAGGUACCCCAUGGAGCUCCACAUGGUGCACUACAAGGGUUCCUACGGCACUCUGGGUGAGGCUGUGAAGAGGAGGGACGGCCUGGCUGUGCUUGGCGUGAUGCUCGAGGUAUCCAGCAAUGAUAACCCAGCCCUUGCUCCCCUCGCCACUGCCCUUCUCAACGUGACUGAUGCUGAUAUGUUCGCUGAGAUUUCCGCCAUGUACCCACUGAAGGCCUUCCUGCCGCGUAACAUCGAGAAGUUUUACCGAUACGAAGGUUCCCUCACCACCCCGACUUGCAACGAGGUGGUCACGUGGACUGUUUUCGACGAGGCUAUCUCCAUCUCUGAGCGACAGCUGAACAACUUCCGUGCCAUGAUGGAUCCCCACGGCGGCAAGAUUGUCGACAACUUCCGCCCGCCCCAGCCACUCAACAACAGGAAGGUGUUCGUGUCCGCCGAGAGCAGCGCUGACUCCUCCACCAUGAAGAAGGUCGGGCUCACUUUCUACUUCAUGACCUCUAUGGCAGUGCUCAUGAUGAAUAUGUAAAUGCCUUUCCUCCUCCACCUCCACCAUCACAACAACCUCUUCCUGCAUUUUCUCCCUCCCCACUCUUCCUCCUCCUCCCUCCGGUGCGGGGGCGGUGGAGGGGCGGCAGGGGUGAGGGGUGUGGGUGCAGGGCGUGGUGUCUCUGGCCACUUCUGUGACGUCGGUGCCUCGCGCACACUUCUGCGUCACCCAGUGGAAGGAGAACCGACGGAGAACCGAAGAGGUGAACCGCUGCCAUCAUCACCAUCACCACCAUUGUCGCCACCAUCAGUAUUGUUAAUAGUGACUGAAGUUUUUACGUUGCCCCAGUACCGAGUAAUCUACUCAUGAACCGGCCGCUUCACACACUCACUCACUGUAUGAAGCUCCGAAUCUGAGACACUUUUCAUUUUUUUUCUUUUUUCAAUGUCAUUGUUCUAUGUCUUUCAAUUUACUCAAGACUACGAGAAAUAAGUUCAAGGAGUAUGACGAAGCAAGGAUGUGAACCAGAAAGAAACACUGCAAACGAAGAAGAAGAACAAGAACAAGAAGAACAAGAACAAGAACAAGAAGAAGAGAGAGAGAGAAAAAAAUGUAUCUACGUAGUUGAUCAGACAAGUUGACUCGACUCUUGUUUCGAAGCAGCGACUCGAAACGCGGUUCACUUUUCCCAUGGUACUCAAAUUUGUUCCCUUCCUCAUUAAAUGCCAGUAAUUAUGUGAGGCCAGUACUUACCAAAUUGAUAUACUGUACAUACACACACACACACACACACACACACACACACACACACACACUCUCGCCUUGUUGUUAACGCACACAUUCCCACUUGUGUGCGUGUGUACGUUUGUAUGUGUGUAUGUAUGUAAACGUGUUAUUCAGCAAAAUGUUAUGGCAUUUCAAUUUACACGAAUUUGUACAUAUAUAUAUUACGGCCAGUGCUAAUGACUAGUCCCCCUUCCACCUGGUGUGUGUGUGUGUGUGUGUGUGUGUGUGUGUGUGUGUGUGUGUGUGAGUUAGUGUGGCGUGCCAAAUAAGCUCAAAUAUUUAAUAGACUCUCUCUCUCUCUCUCUCUCUCUCUCUCUCUCUCUCUCUCUCUCUCUCUC